AUGUCAACCACCGUAUACCUCGACAACCCACCACCCAAAUAUGGUGACCAAGCAAGAUCCUUUUCUCGUCACUUGCCAUCCCAUAUCAAAUCAUACUUCAGCGGCUGCCUACCGAUAAUACAUUGGUUGCCUCAGUACAAGUGGAGUUGGGCUACCGGUGAUUUGCUUGCUGCUAUUACUCUAGGCGCUAUUGUUGUCCCACAAUCGAUGGCUUAUGCCAAACUUGCUGGGUUUACUCCAGAAUACGGCUUGUACUCCAGCUUUGUGGGCACAGCACUUUAUCCUUUUUUUGGCACUUCCAAAGAUAUCAAUAUCGGCACCACUGCUAUCAGCUCGUUGUUUGUUGGCCAAAUCUUUACGACUAUUGAAUCGACCCCUCAAUUUACUUCUGGAGAAUGGACAUUACAUCAAUUUGCUACUACGAUGGCUCUCUUAUCAGGCAUCAUCCUAUUUGUCGUCAGCGUUUUACGUCUUGGCAUCCUUUUCCGGUUCAUUUGUCAGCCUGCUAUUGCUGGUUUCAUGGCAGGUAGUGGCCUUACCAUCGUCAUUUCUCAGCUGCCAAAGAUUCUUGGUGUCCAUGUCAACAACCACGAUGUCCCAUACAUGGUCUUUGGCAAUACGCUUAAAGCACUCCCAGAAGCGAAAAUCGAUGCCCUUAUUGGUAUCCUCUCUCUUGUUUGGCUAUACGGUGUAAAGUAUUCAUGCAAGUACCUUUCUCGCCGAUACUCGAAAUACGCUCGACCCUUGUUUUAUUUCAACAUCGCUCGUAACAUCAUUGUGCUCGUAUUUACAACGUUCUUGUCCUGGUUAAUCAAUCACUUUGGCCACUUGGAAGAAAGUCCCUUUCAAAUUCUCGGCCCUGUGCCUUCUGGUUUCAAGCUGAUGGGUGUACCAGAGAUCAAAACGGACUUGCUUGGGCAAGUGACAUCAUUUCUUCCAAGCAUGGUUGUCUUGUUGAUCAUGGAACAUUGCGCCAUUUCCACCAGCUUGGGUAAAAAGAGUGACUAUCGCAUUGAGGUCAACCAAGAAAUCUUAUCCAUUGGCUUAACCAACAUCUUUGGAUCCUUCUUUUCCGCUUAUCCCUCCACAGGAUCCUUUUGCCGUUCAGCUGUCAAUUCCAAAUCGGGUGUACGAACCCCCCUCAGCAACAUCUUAGUGGCCAUCAUCGUGGUGCUUGCACUCUAUGUAUUCACGCCAGCUUUCCAAUUCAUCCCUACAUCAAGCCUUGCCGCUGUGAUCGCACAUGCAGUGACCGAUCUUAUUGUGGGUCCCAAAACAUGGCUCAAGUUUUGGCGUCUUAAUCCUUCGGAGCUUGUCAUUUUUGCAGCUGCUUAUAUCAUUUGCUUGGUGACUCGUAUCGAUAUCAGCGUUUACGUCCCUGUUGGCUUGUCCUUGAUUGUACAACUCUAUCGCUCUGCUCGUCCAAAAUACGCCAUCUUGGGUCGUCUUGAAUCAUCACCAACACAAUUUUUCUCGGCAACUCAUCCUACUAUGGGUCAUAUGGUGCAUCCUGUUGCUCCUGGUGUGGUGUGUUUCCAACCACAAGAGAACCUUGUGUUUGAAAACUCGAUCUUCUUUUUCGAAAAGCUGAUGGAUGAGAUCAAGCGUACCACACGACGAGGACAUUCACAAGGCUAUGAUCGUCCUUGGAGCGAUACUGCCAAGCCUGAUGAAAAGGAUGCUGAGAAACCAAUGAUCAAAGCCAUCAUCAUGGAUCUCACACAUGUGGACCAAAUGGAUUAUACCGCAUUUGAGGAAAUCAAAGAAGCUGUACUUAUGGUGGAACGAUACGCUGGUGAAGCUGUGCAUUGGUACUUUGUCCUCAAUGACUCAUUGGCCGUACGUAAAUCACUGCUGCUUGCAGGAUUUGGCACUCAACACCGCCGCAGUGGCAAACAUGGACCAUUCCAUUCGGACCUUAAUGCCACCGUCAACGAUGAUGAUGAUGACGACAAUGAUGUGGAUGAAGAUGGUCCCCCACAAGACGGGUCAAGUGAUGACGGCAAGAAUAAAACGGAUGUGGUGGUCAUUGAAGAUGUACGACGACCUCCUGUUUCUCGACGUACCACUCAUCACAGCGUCGUUCCCCAGGCUGGUACUGCAGGCGUUGAUGGCAAAGACACUAUCGUCGUUGAUGUUUUCCCUUACUUUUUCGUCACCAUGGCUGAUGCUGCUGAUGCCGUUGUUGCCAAUCACGCGCUCACUCAAGAAUCCCAAAUCAUCACAGCUCCCGAGCUACCUGAUCAGGCACAUCAUCAUUCUUCUCAGCUGAAUGAUGAAGAAAAGAAGAUUGGCCAAUCCAAUGCAGCAGUAUAA